UGAACGACGCUCCACAGCUGCGCCACCGUGCCGCUUUGAGAAAUACAUCAAAUAAUAUCAUAAAAUGUUCAAAAGAAGACUGCUUGCGCUGGAGUGAAUUAUCUUCCGCUGGGCGUCACUUGAUGAUGCACAAUAAACACAUUGAUGCAUUACAAGAGCCCUAAUUCAUCCUCAUGUCUGGCAUGCGUUCACUUUCUUCAGUCCUCCUCCUUUUUCUUCACCCCCGGAUAAUGCAUCCUCCGAGGACACACCCCGUUGCAGAACAAGACUUUUCCCCCUCUUAACUCCUGCCCACUUCCUUCAUUCGUGGAGUCUUCCAGGCAGGGUCCACCGCAAAGUCCACUGAAUUGAGUCGCCAUGACUGAAGAGACAACCGGAGGGAGUCCCGCUAGAGAGUCCGACCCAAACAAAGCGGACGCCGAUGGAGGAGGUCCGGUCAGGGGCAAGUGGGCCAAUAAGUGGGAGUUUUUGCUCGCCACGACGGGAGAGAUCGUCGGCCUGGGAAACGUGUGGCGAUUCCCUUAUUUGUGCUACAAGAACGGCGGCGGUGCCUUCCUCAUCCCGUACUUCCUGUUUCUGGCCUUCGGCGGGAUCCCCAUCUUCUUCCUGGAGACGGCGCUGGGGCAGUACACCAGCCAGAGCACUGUCACCGCUUGGAGGACAAUUUGCCCUAUGUUUCAGGGCGUGGGGAUCGCCUCGCUCGUCAUCGUCAUCUACCUGAACAUUUACUACAUUGUGGUGCUGGCCUGGGUCCUCUUCUACCUGUUCAACUCCUUCCAGAACGCGCUGCCGUGGUCUACGUGCAAAAACUGGUGGAACACUGAUAAUUGUUAUGACCGGGUGAGCCCCUACUCCAACCCGCAUCUGUUCCAACCGGAUGCCAACUGGUCCUUCCUCAACAACAUCAGCACCUACGACUACUUUGAGAACUUGACUGACGUAUCCCUGAACGAAUCAUUCCUGAUGGUCAAGUCCGCCGAAGAGGAAUUCUGGACCAAUCGCGUGUUGAGGAUGUCCGAGUCCAUGUCCCUCGGCAAGGUGCACUGGGAUCUGGCACUGUGCCUGCUGCUGGCCUGGGUCGUGUGCUACUUCUGCGUUUGGAAGGGGGUGAAAUCCACAGGCAAGGUGGUGUACUUUACGGCGACCUUCCCGUACCUGAUGCUCAUCCUCCUUUUCCUCCGAGGGGUGUCGCUGCCCGGUGCUGGCGAGGGCCUGAAAUUCUACCUCUUGCCCGACUUUGGGAGACUGGGCGACCUGGAUGUUUGGUUUGACGCGGGGACCCAGGUGUUCUUCUCCUUUGCCGUAAGCCAGGGAGUCCUGACGUCUCUAGGAAGCUACAACAAGUACAACAACAAUUGCUACAGGGAGUGCAUGGCACUGUGCCUCCUGAACAGCGCCACCAGCAUCUUUGCCGGCUUCGUGGUGUUCUCCGUGCUGGGCUUCAUGGCGGUCCACUUGGACGUGGCGAUCGAGGACGUUGUCACCAGCGGUCCAGGUUUAGCCUUCAUCACCUACCCCAAAGCCCUUUCAAUGCUCCCCGGCGCACCCUUUUGGACCGUGCUCUUCUUCCUCAUGCUCCUCCUGCUGGGUUUGGACACUCAGUUCGUAUGCGUGGAGAGCCUCGCGACAGCCAUCAGUGACCUGUUCCCACGGCAACUGAGGAGGCCCUGCGCUCGCGAGAUCCUGGUUCUGGUGAUUGCGGUGGUCUGCUUCCUUCUGGGCCUGCCCCUCAUCACGGAGGGAGGAAUCUUGCUCUUCCACCUGAUCGACAACUUCGGGCCGAGCGGGACCAGUUUGCUCUUCAUCGCCUGCUUUGAGAGCAUCGUCAUCGGCUGGGUGUACGGCGCCGAUCGUUUCUUGGACAACAUCGAGGACAUGAUCGGGUACCGGCCGUUCCCCGUGCUGAAGUACUGCUGGCUGUUGGUCACGCCGUUGCUCUGCGCGGUCACCAUGCUGUAUGACCUGGCCAAAGCGCACUUGCUCAUGGUGUACGACUACCAAAUGGGCACGUGGGGGUUCGCCAUGGGGACCCUGCUCAUGCUUACGCCCCUCAUCUGCAUCCCGGCGUUCAUCCUCAUUACUUUGUGCAGGAGUCCCCAGAAGAUGACCACGCCAUCGAGCGACCUGCGUCAGGCUCGGCCUCACAAUCCCAUCCUGACGGUGUGCGGCCACGUCGUCCGUGGGCCUGCCCGAGCCAGGACGGCGAGAGGAGCUGACGAGAAGAUGGCGAUGGGGGAAGUCAGCGGCGUUUAAUGGACUGAUGAAAUCAUCUGGAACGUUUACAGUUUGUGCAGGUAUUCAGGGAACUAUGAGUUUGAAGUACUAUUCACGUAACCCAACCCAUGUACCAAUUAUCCUCAACAUUUAAAGAUCUGCCUGUGAGACUCUUCAGGACUUGUCACUGUCCUUAAACCUUUUGGAAUUUUGGCAUUAUUUGGUGGGCUGUAACAGAUUAACAGCCUUCCCAUUCAUUCCAAUGAAAAAAUAUGAUUUAAGAUUUACGGUGGAGGUGGGACUGCAUCAGGGAUCAGUUCUGAUCCCACUUCCUGUUUGCAUUGGCGAUGAAUGGGCUGACAGAUGAGGUGGGACUAGAAUCCCCAUGGACCAUGAUGUCCGUUGAUGACGUCGUGAUUGGCAGCGAAAGUAGGGAGCGGGUGGAUGAACAUUUACAAAAGUGGACGCAUGAGCUCGAGAAGAACAAUGAAGCUGCUCAAGUCACUUCAACAUAGUUUCUUGUCACCAAGAUUGCGCCAUUGUACUACUUUCAUUUUUUUGGCCAGAGUUUUUCGGUGAAUGAUGAAGGAACUGUAAAAAAAAAUACAUGUUAAUGGGUAAAUACGCAAACGAUAACAGCAUAGAGAUCAGUAAUUACCCCGGGAGGUACAUUCAUGUAUUUUGUGCAAUUGUUUUUUGGCAGUCUCAUGUAGACACCCUUUUAUUAAACAAUGACCCCAAAUGAACAUUUGAAUGGGUAUUGACUGUAAUCUUACCCUGUGGUACUGUGUGUACAGUAUGUAAGACAGUCUGUUGUACAUGUACUCUAUAAUAUAAACAUAUAGUAUAAGGUUUCUACCAUGAUAGAUUUCAUAAGUUUGCUAGUCACACACGCACACUCACCUCAACUAUGAAAAAAAAAAAUCUCACCAAUGCCGCACAUUUUUUUGUACUGAGUGUGGGUGCUUGUGCACGUAUGUGUACGCGAUGCCAAAAUCGGUCACGUACGUAUGAUGUGAAGCGGCAUUCGAUGAGCGCGUGAUUCCGUUUGUCCGGUUUUCCCACAAUUGAUGGAGGACAAUUCACCCUCAGACGCCGCGUUGAGUGACGCGUAUGUGCACGCAUGUACCGUACGGUCAAUUGUAUGAACUUUCAUAAAUAUUCAAAUAAAAAGCAUGAUCGUUAUGUUGCCGCUCGUCGCGUCUGAUUGCUUGCCCGCUGUUUGGAUCGCUUUGAUUGGGUUUCCUUAGCAACGGCACCUCUGCGGCAUUUGCGCUUAUUAAUUAGGGACUUGGCAUAAACAGAUGGGUUAGCGAAUGAUAAUGCAGCAGGUAUGAGAAAACAGAAGUUCCAAGGGAUGGAGGCGUCUCGGCGUUAUUGAGCGUGAGCAUCGCUGCAAAAGAGAUUUAUGUUUGUUUGUGUUUGAUGGCCGUGCGUCCCAACACUUUUGGCCCUAGAAUAUAACAAAGAUUUAUUUAUUUAUUCAUACAAUUUAACUUAAUUUUCAUAUGUUAGUUGUUAAUUGCUAUUUUUUUUCUUAAUGUGCACACGCCACCGUAAAUCACGCAUUUUACACUUUAAUGAUAA